UUGUUCGUGAUAAGACGUGUGUGUGUCGCUUGGCGUGUGGGCAUCGUUUUCAUUUAUUCAUUUUGAUUAUCUUGCUGCUGGUGGUGCCGUUGCUUAAGCAACAACCGUUAUAAAUGCUACACGGCCGUGUCUUAAGCCCUGCGGCCAAACUGCUUAAAGUUCUAGUUAAAGCGCAGUGCAAGUGAAUUAUAUGUAUAUAGAAAUGAAAAUUGCAAUUAAAAUAUACGUUAAUAAAAGAGUUUGUUUUAUGGCGCUGCGUGUGUGAAAAACUCAUAAAACUGCUGGCAUUUAAAACUGCUGGAAACACACAGCGUCUUGUCAACAGAUGUAUUUGCGUUGAAGUUAUCUAAAGUGAGACCGUUGAGAAUUGCGCAGCGUCAAAGCGACAGCGACAGAGCGAAAGUGUGUCUCAAGUUCACUGACUAACGCCCUUCACCCCAGCCACACUUGGAGGCUGCCCUGCUGACACCCUGUUGACAAUUCUGUAUCUGUAUCUGUAUCUGCAUCUGUAUCUGUGUGUGUGUGUAUGCCACAGCGUGGCUAAUUGAAAACUUGCACCCAUUCCUCUCUCUCUCUCUCUCACGCGACUUGCAAUGGCUGAAGAUGAUUAUCGCGCACUGGUCGAGCACUGGAAUAGUCUGCCAGAGGAAAAGCUAUCCAGCAUCUCGACAGACGAUCUGCAACGCGCCGUAAUUGGCGUCCAGCAGCUAGGGCACAGCGGUGUGCCCUACACCAAUGAGACACAAUGCCUGCAACAGGCCGAGCUGGAGGCCAAUGUUACACACAAUGAGGGAUUACACUGUGCUACAGCAUUUGACACUGUGCUCUGCUGGCCACGCACCAAGGCUGGCAACUGGGCCAUACUGCCUUGUUUCGAGGAGUUUAAGGGCGUACACUACGACACAACAGAAAAUGCAAGUCGCUUCUGCCAUGCAAAUGGCUCUUGGGAUAAUUAUAGCAAUUAUACGAGCUGUCAUCAGCAAACUGGAGAUGUGCCCAUGGUGCCAGAAUUCUCAGCUAGCGUGGAUCUGCCCGCUAUUAUAUACAACUGUGGCUAUUUUAUAAGUUUAGCCACCUUGAUAUUGGGCCUAAUUAUAUUCAUUAGCUUCAAAGACUUGCGCUGCCUACGCAAUACCAUACAUGCGAAUCUAUUUCUUACCUAUAUAACAUCAGCAUUACUCUGGAUUUUAACCUACUUUUUGCAAGUGAUAACCAGCGAGUCCAGCGAGGCUGGCUGCAUUACGCUUGUUAUAAUGUAUCAAUAUUUCUAUUUGACAACAUUCUUUUGGAUGUUUGUUGAGGGUUUGUAUUUGUAUACGCUGGUAGUGCAAACAUUUUCCGCUGAGAACAUUAGCUUUAUUACCUACGCCUUAAUUGGCUGGGGCUGCCCGGCUAUAUGCAUUAUAAUCUGGUCAACUGCCAAAGCGUUUGCGUCGUCUAUGGACAUGGAUGGUCACAUUAAUGGCUUGGAAAUCGAAUGCAGUUGGAUGCGUGAAUCUCAUGUCGAUUGGAUACUCAAAGGACCCGCUUCAUUGGCUAUAUUAAGCAAUUUGGUGUUUCUAGUGCGCAUCAUGUGGGUGCUCAUAACCAAGCUGCGCUCCGCUCACACAUUGGAGACCCGUCAGUAUUACAAAGCUUCGAAGGCACUGCUUGUGCUUAUACCGUUAUUUGGCAUUACAUAUUUACUUGUGUUAACUGGGCCCGAACAGGGCAUAAGUCGACAUCUAUUCGAAAGCAUGCGCGCCAUAUUGCUGAGCACACAGGGAUUCUUUGUGGCGCUUUUCUAUUGUUUUCUUAACUCUGAAGUGCGUCAAACGUUGCGACAUCGCUUCUUACGCUGGCGUGAGAGUCGCGAUAUUCAUAGCACCAAUUCGCUGAAGAACCGCAGAUCAAAAGAUUAUUCGCAUCGCUCGCGUACUGAAAGUCUACGAACUGAGGAGUGCGUCAUCUGUUUGCGACCCGCUUUGCAUACGCGCUUGGGCUCAUUGAAGCGCUACCAUAGCAUUGAUCUCACUGAUUUUGUUUAGCUUUAAGCCAAGGUAUAACUCACAUUUAGCUUUGGUGCUAAGUCAUAAAGUUUAUUUCUCUUUUUCGACGUAGAAGAUUUGAAAUUACAGUUGAAAUAAUAUCAGUUUAUAGUUAGAGUUAAGUUAAAGUUACAAGUUUGAUUUUCAUUUUCUUUUUGUCGCUUAAGUACAAAACGCGUUUAAAACAUAAACAAACAAAUAGUUGGAAAACAUUAUUAGAGUAUAUAUAUAUAGAGAGCCUAACAAAAAAGCCGAAAACACAAAGAUUUUUAAACUAUAUAGUAUUUUAAGCUGUUUUUAUCAAAGCUUGCACUGUAUACAGCCUUACGAUUAAAUAUGUUUAAAAAAAUUAUCUAUAAAUUUGCUAG